UGAAAUAUUAAUCAAAAUUAUUUAUUCAGUUUCGAGAUUUUCGGCAAACAAGAUCAAAAUUUUUCUUAAAUUCAAGUUUAACAAAAAAAAAAAAAAACCUUAAAGAGUCGAUAAAAUGAGUAAAAAGCCUUUAGGACCUGGACCUGGAGCUUAUGGUUUACCACCAGCAAUUGGUUACACCGAACAUGAUGUUCGGAAAAAACGUCUUCCACAAUAUUCAUUUAGAGGGCAAACUAAUAUUAUUGAUAAAAGAGUUAGCCCAGGUCCAGGAGCAUAUCAAGUCGAAGGUAUAACACGUUAUGGUUACAAUAGGGCUCAUCAAUACACUAUGGGGGCACUUACUCCAAUUCCAGAAAAAAGUAAAGGUCCCGGUCCUGCUGAUCAUGACGUUCAUAAGAAACCCCAUUUUAAAGGUAUCAACGCCCCAGCAUAUACAAUGGUAUGGAAAAAUAAUUAUCGUUUUAAAAAUAUUGCUCCUGGACCGAAUGUUUAUAUGUUUGGAAUACAAUCGACAAAACCUAGUGUUCCUGCCUAUACUAUGGGUCUUUUGAAUAUCAUCGAUUCGAAAAUUCGUUCCCCGGGUCCAGCAGCCUACGGUCGAACAGAUUUAGAUACUAAAUUGAAACGAAGUCCAGUCUAUUCUAUGACUCCUCGAAAUAAUUUCCAAUUUAAGAAUAUUUCACCUGGGUCUAAUACCUACAACUUGGUUGAACAUAAACCGGGUAAAAAAGGUGCUGCAUACACUUUUGGGCUUAGACAUUCAGAAUAUGCCCCGCCAAUGAUUAUAGAGUGUGAUAACUGAAAUUAAUAAAGGAUCUCAUUUUUUAUGACAAAA